UUUCGGGAGCCGUACAUACUACGUGGUUAUCGAUUAACUAACAAACCAUGGCAUUAUUAUUUAGUCAGUUUAUUUAAUUGGCAUAAUGAAACGAUAAAUAUAUGGACACAUCUUUUAUCUUUUAUUUACAUAGUAUUGCAUAUAAUCAAUUUAUGUGAAAAGUAUGAUGUAAUGAAUACAAGUGAAGGCGCUGUUGUAUUAGGUUAUUCUUUCGGUGCCUUAUCGUUGACGUCUUUUAGUACCAUAGCACAUCUCUUUCAUUCGAAAAGUUUACGUCAUCAUUACGAAUUUUUUAUGCUGGAUUAUUUUGGUGUUUCUUUAUAUUCCCUUGGGUGUGGUAUUCUAACUAUUUAUAGAUUUUGUCCCGAGAACAGCUUCCAGAUUUUGCAAACAUUUUAUCUUCCGUUACAUUUAAUUCUGUGUUAUAACAACUUCUUGUCAAUUAGUACUGCUAAACUUUAUUUCUUUGGAGUGAUUCGUAAAUGCUUGACAGUGUCAGCAUGUUUAUUGUCUACAAUAUCAAUGUUGUAUCCUUUAUUGUGUACAUAUUACGAGUGUUUCAACGAUACAGCUUGUCAUAUUUCUUCUUUAAAUCAUCUUGGAUUAAUGUAUGUGUUCUUGUUUCUUUCAACGGUUGCUUAUCUUGCUCAUCAACCAGAAAUGUCCAACCUGGGAAUGUGUGAUAUAGUAGGACAUAGCCACCAGUGGUUUCAUGUCUUUGUAUUUUGUACAAUAUUAGCUCAAUACAAUGCUAUGGAGAAAGAGAUAGAUCUGAAUAAA